AUGACGUCAUCCACUUGUGACGACACCAGUAGGAUGGUUGGUGAUGAUGAUGUGGCAGUCAACAACAACAACAACAGCAACAACAACAACAGCAGCAGCAACAACAACAACAGUCACAACGACAUAACUAUAAACAAUCCCAGCGAGGCUAAAAGUGAAAUAGGCUGUCCUUAUCAUUUAUCAACAACAACUACAGCAGCACUACAACCAACCAUCCUAUCACCUGAUCAGAUUACAUUAAGUUUUUCGACAGCGCUACCGUCAUCUGAUACCAACAACAACAACAACAGCAGCAACGUCAGUAGCAACAACAUCAACAACACUGACAUCACAUCAACGGUUACGUCAUCAGCCGGUGAAAUUGUUCUUGAUGAAGAGUACAACGACAACAACAACAACAACAACGACGACAACAACAGCAGCAGCAGGAGCAACAACAACAACGACAUCUUGAAUGAUAGAGACAACAACAACAACGAAAGCAACAACAACAGCAUCUUGAAUGAUAAAGACAACAACAACAACAACGAAAACAACAACAACAGUAUCUCGAAUACUGACAUCAAGACUGACGAUUGUAACUACGACGACACCGAUAAUGAUAUGACGUCACCGACGUCUGAGGCUGUCGCCAUGUUGAGUUGCAUAGUUGAGGAUGAGGUUGGCGAGUCUGAGGAGAUGAACGAUAAUGACAAUGACGUCAUCAACGAAAACGCCAACAGCAACAACAGCAAUGGCGUCAUCAAUGAGGUCAUCAACAAUGACGCCAAUAUCAGUGAAGAUGUUUGCGUUCAAACCAGUGUUCAACCGCAUGAACAGAUACCUCAACAACAACAACAACAACAACAACAACAACUGCCAGAUAUAGAACAACGUAUAAGGAAGGAAAUUGUUGGAGAUGAGGAUGCCAGGCAAUUCAAAUCUAAAUGUGACAUUUCUCAUCUCAGACAGACCCAAUCAACAUCCAGCUACUCCAGUGACAACAACACCAACAACAUCGUCAAUAGCAGUGUCAACAACAACAACAACAUCAGCAACAACAUCAUCAACAACAUCAGUAUCAACAACACUUACAUCAACGGCAUUAACAACUGCUUCAACAACAACAACAACAACAUUAGAACAAUUUUCAUCAAUAUCACCACCAACACCACAACUGUCGUCAUCUGCAGCUGCUGUAGAGUCAACAACAACAACAACUACUACAGAUACAACACCAUCAACAACACCAUUAACCACCACAAAAACAACUACUACAUCCAUGACAACAACAACAACAACAGCGAAACAGAAAGUGUUUUAGAAAUCCUUAAUAAUGACGACAACAAGACAGAUUACUUCAACAAUGACAACAACAACGACAACAUCAAUAAAAACAACUACAACGACAACAUCAAUAACAUUAACAACAACAACAACAACGACAACAUCAAUAACAUUAACAACAACAACAACAACGACAACAUCAAUAACAUUAACAACAACAACAACAACGACAACAUCAAUGACAUUAACAACAACAACAACAACGACAACAUCAAUGACAUUAACAACAACGACAACAACAACAUGGCAAACAUCAACAACAAAGACAACAACUUCACCGCCGGCGACAAAAACGCCGACGACAUCGUCGCCACCGGCGUCAAAAACGUCAACGACAUCAUCUCCAAAAACGUCAACGUCGUUGUCGUCGUCAUCGGCAAAAACGUCACCAACAUCAUCAUCAUCAUCAUCCAAGACGACGAUGACGUCAUCAAAGACAUCAACAACAACAUUAACGACUGUUACAAGGAAAGGAUCUUUGGAUAUUGGGUCGUCGCUGAAUAA